CCGAAGGUAAUGACAGGUGUAAACACAUUACGUCGCGACGGCCUGUGUUAGCUUAUUCGGACUUGGUACCGGCGGGGUACAGAUCAAAAGCGGUUAUCUCAUAGUCUACUUCAAAGUUUUACGUUAAACUGCUUCGAGCUUAGCAUACGUUUGGCGCGUAAACGGACUUCGACCAUUACGAGAGAGACAAAUUCGAUUUUAGGUAUUUCGAUGAUCCUGAGUGGUGAUGGAACAAGUAGAACGUAAACUAUUCAGCCCUUCUGUGAACUACAUUUAACUGAUUAACGAAAAAGACGUUUGCCGAGAUACAUGUUGCAAGGUUUCUCAAAUCUUUGUCUGAUUUGAUUGUUUCAAGAAACUUGUUGUGAACAUCAUGUACAUCAAAUCUGGUCAUCGGUUUCUCAGCGACAAAGGACAAAUUGUGUUCCCCGGUCCACCAACCCGUUCUGCUUUUUCAUUUUCAUACACAAACGCACCAACGACCACCACUACUAGCAGUACAACUAGUUUGCCGAAUCCUCCACACGUCGAUGAGUACACUAAUUACAUUGAUAUGUGGCGAAGUAAGUCGGCUUCCAGUUCGGAUAUGCUCUCAGAUAAAAUCCAAAUGUUCUACAUCUACAUCACGGUGACAAUAACUUCCGUAUUGGUACUGAUUAUCCUCGGAAUAUUCGGUUAUAUGUGCUAUAAACGAAAAGGAUUUCAAAAUAUCGAAAAUCAAAAUAAUGUUGAAAGCCACAGAAGGUACAGCUAUCGCAGCUCUCGAAGUCAUUCCAGAAAUUUCUCCAGAGAACGAGAAGUAGAGGCGUUCCCGGAACAAACCUUUCUUCGCCAAUGAAGAAUAUCUGACAUUUUGUAAACUUGUACGAUCUAAGAGCAUUACAUCAAUUCAAUUCCAUUAAAUGAAAUAUUACUAAAAUUGAA